GUGAAUAUGUACUUACUUUCCCCAUACGUGCAUCUCUGUUUAACUUAGGUGCUUAAGGUUCCAAGUAUAGAUAAAAAAGAAAAAGGAAUUUCGGGGGUCCCCGGUGUGCUAAAAAUAAACUUUUACGUUCGCCAUCUUUCGUUUGUUCUCGAUUAACGACCUUCGUCUUAAUACCAAACGCGAUUAUGUAUAUUGUUAUUAAUAAUUUCCCCGAACCGCAAAUCUAGUCGCGCCUUUGUCUAUAAACAAUUCAUUACGCGCGCAAUGAUGAACGAAAACAAUAAACAAUUGUGUGUCUUGUGCCAGAAUUGCCAGAGUUCGAACAACGAGGGCUCAGCAUCAGAAACUUCGGAAUCGUGCGUGUCAAAAUGCCAACAGUGGUUGGAAAGUUGCAGUUUAAAUGACGAGACACGUUCCGAAUCGUCGUGUGGAUUAAGUUCGAGCAUUUUUGAAAGGGCGGAUACCGCGGAUGGCGACUUUUAUCAAAAUGGGAUCAUUUACGACCGUGGAGUACUUGCUUUGUCUGAUUUGCAAAAAUUAGCGAAACAGUCUCUCCCGCAAUCUCGCCCUUCAAAGGACUAUAGCCAGGUUAUGAUGUAUAAAUGUAAGAAAGUUCUCGUAGGAGACGUGAUCAAAGUGGAUGGGCCAAUCUACAUCAACCAGAGUGCCGCUAGUCCAAUUCAAGAAAUCGUCACAAACAAACUUUUUGUGAAUGAAGUUGCCAAAAGGGAGGAAUACAAAGCGCUGAAUGUUGUAAAGCGGGAAAAUUGGUGCAUGCGAGAUCCUAUUGAAAGUCACGAAUAUUUAAAGGAACCUGCUAAAUUUGUUGUGAUUUUGGAUACUCAGACGUUGUGUUCCUUUACAAGGGAAGGAAAUGUGAUGUUAGCACAGCAACUGCAAGAUAUACAUAUUGAUGAAAAAAGGUGGAAUGACAUCGCGUACAACUUUCUCAUAGGGUGCGACUCGCGCGUCUACGAAGGAAGGGGUUGGGGAACAAUUGGGGCUCACACAGGGGGGUAUAAUUCAAAAGCUGUUGGAAUAGCUUUCAUAGGUACUUUCGACAAUAACCUACCGACACCAUCAGUUCUGGAUCAAGGAAAAUCGUUAAUCAAAUACGGCGUCGACAUUGGUGUCAUUGAUCCAGAUUACAAGUUAUACGCUCACCGUCAAAUUAGGCCCCAAUCGGUAUACCCAGGGGAGCAAUUAUUUAAGGAGAUACAAUUCUGGGACCAUUGGUGCGAUCACUCACGCAAAUAAUAAUAAUCAUCUACUGUAUUUAUUAUCAUUCAGUCGACAUUUUUACAUUAUAUAGCCCGUACUCCCCCUUGAAAAAAUGGAUGCGAAAGCAAAAAUUCCUUAUGUACCUACUGGUAAUAUGUGCAUGUCUAUGACGUCAAUAAAAAUACGCAAUUAUCUGACCCAUCGAAAGGUGUCUACGAUCUACACCCUGUAACCUUAAGUUAACCCUAAAUUAAUGCUUCGUUUAUUAUAACCUAAGUUACGAGUAGUUUUUUAUUAUUAAACCUCACGAAAUUGAAAAGGAGAUUACAAACGUAAAGAAACCUUAUGCUAGUGCGAGUUGAGUAUUUAAAUGAUUUGUCAUUGUAAGAUAAAGCGAUUGGGUCAGAUUUUACUAUGAGGAUAUCUAUAAAUACAAGUGUAAAUAGUGGGAAAGGAGCAUUGGUUCAACGUCGUCACGUAGUGCAAAAUCUAUGCUGGUCGUUUCAAAAAUGGCGCCGUCCAAUCUUCAACCAAUCGGUCCAUUGGGUGGUUCCUGAAGAAAGAAAUUAAGCCACGAGCGAGAAAUCAUUUCCUAAGAGCCACCGUCAAGCUGUGGACGUAUAUUUUCGCAGAAAUUUUAAGAAUGAAAGCAAGAUCAAAAAUAUCCACUGCCGAACAUAACCGUGUUACCGGAUUUACAGUGGUGGUCGGCAACAAAACUGUAUUUAUAUACUAUUUACAACACCAUAAUAUUUACACGAUAAAUGGGGUGCCCAUUAUGUA